AUGCGAUACCCAAACACAAUCGACAGACUCACUGAGAUUUGCCAGAGUCACCGUAACCUGGGUGUGUCGUUUCUGCACCGGACUGCCGAGAAAUACCUUCAGACCCAGUCAGGCAAGAAGUUGCUCCAAGCUCAACCAUUACUGGAACACGAACUCGGCAUGAGGCGGUACAAAUGCACUCUUGUUUUGAUGAAACUGUGUACAAUAGGGCUGCACCCGGAAGCGAUCAGCGAGAACCUAGCCAGUAUCUCCAUGUAUAAGCGACCAUUCCUGGGCUACCUGGAUGAGCACAAAGAAGUCGCCAUUGCAAUAUCUGUGCAGCUGGAGGAAAUCGUCGAGAAAUUCAAGUCGCUGGGCUUCUUCCUAGACGAGUGGAUGAAAAGCAAGUGGCCAUAUUUCACGGACACGGAAAAUGUGGACUAUACGAAAGCCUUUGCUGAAUUCAGUCAUCGAGCUUACACAGAACUCAAACUGAGGAUCUCAGGCUUUGUUCAGAAGAGACAGUAUUUGACUGAGCUUCUCCGCAGCUGCGUUAGCCGCAUUCACUGGUCUAAGCAACAAACUCUUUUUAUAAACACUCAUCUCUUGCUGGAAUUGGGGGCUGGUCCUAAUUAA